AACAAAAAACAUGGCUGAAAUUUUAGCAACUCUGCAGAAACAAGGCAUAUACAAACGCAUUUUGCAUGGCGGAGAAGACGCAAUUCCUGUAUUUUCACAUGGAUCUAAGGCCACUUUCCAUUAUCGCACCACCCUUUGUAAUGAAGACAAGACAGUGCUGGAUGACAGUCGACGCCAUGAUAAACCCAUGGAACUCAUCUUUGGAAAACAGUUCAAAUUAUCUGUCUGGGAAACCUGCCUGAAAUCCAUGAAAGUUAAGGAAGUAGCGGAAUUUACAGUGGAAUCAAAGCAUGUGGACUCGUACCCUGUGGUGGCUAAAAGUUUACGAGACAUUUACAAGAAGCAUGAUCACAAUCAUUCACAUGAUGAGGAGAAGUCUCACCACUGCUGUGGGAUGAUGUCCAUGGCAGAGAAGGGCAUGGGAUACGAGGACUUGGACAAUCUGGUGGCUAACCCACAGCCUCUGACAUUCACACUCGAAUUGUUGAAGCUUGAAGCUGACUAUGACAAGGAGGCAUGGGAAAUGAGCGAUGAAGAGAAAAUAGCAGCCGUCCCUCAGCUGCGUGAGGAAGGAAACACAUUGUACAAAAACAAACAGUAUGAUGAAGCUGUGGAAAAAUAUACCAAAGCUAUUGGAAUAUUAGAACAGUUGCUAUUAAGGGAGAAGCCUGGGGAUGAAGCCUGGGUGAAGCUGAAUGAGCUCAAGGUGCCAUUGUUGUUGAACUUUGCUCAAUGUAAGCUGGUGCAAAAGGACUACUACCCUGUGAUUGAGCACACAUCCACAGUGCUAGACCAGCAGCCAGAUAAUGUGAAAGCUUUGUUUCGGAGAGGAAAAGCCCACGUGGGAGCCUGGAACCCUGAUGAGGCCCGUCAAGAUCUGCAGAGAGUGGCGGAGCUCGACCCCACUCUGGCUGGUUCCGUUAAGAAAGAGCUGGCUCACCUAGACCAGCUACAGAAGCAGAGAGAUGCUGAGGACAGUGCCAAACUGAAAGGGAAACUGUUUUAAUCGGUUGACUGCAUAAUGACAUCAUUUCAUGUGUUAUCCGUAUGGGUUGUGCAUUGUGGGAUUGAAGUGGGCAGGAGUGCAAAAUGGAAGACAGAAGUGUUUUUAUACAAAACUGAGAGAAAGGUGGUAGCCUUGGUGCCUAUGAAAUUCCUUUUCUGACUUUUUUUUUCAGCUUUCUGAAUGUGACUUUUGGACAAAAGAUGUCCAUGCUGCAUGAGAAGAUCAUGGGAUUCUGCUAUGUCUCUGCAUGCCUUUCUUCCUCACCUUCUGAGAAAGUUUUAUAGAAUGCUUGGAUUUUUUUAAAGUAGUGUUUCCAAAAAGUGAUACACACAUUUACCUUAUAGCAUUGUUGUUGAAAGUCAGCGAAUCUAUUAGGGAGGAUGUUUGGUACUAUUUGCAGGACAGUAUGGAGAGAUGAAGCUGGCUUCUGUCACUCAUCCAGAAGUGGCCAUUGGCUGUUAUAGGUCACAUGUUCUCUUACCCCACUUUGUAUCCCAUGAUGCACUGCUAUGUAUUAUUAUGAGUGUACAUAUUUUAUUUGUGUGAUCACCAUUCAGCCGUUUUGAUGGGAUUCUAGUCUUUCAGCAAUAUUAAUCAUUGAUUUGAGACAGCUAACAGAACUUAUACUUUAUGUUGUUGAUAUUGUCAUAGUAGGUCAGUUUUCACUGUCAACAGAUGAACAAGUUUCUCAUGUGUAGACUGUCGACAAAUGAAUAAGUUCCUUAUGUGUAGACUGUCAAAAGAUGAACAAGUUCCUUAAGUGUUUUUGUUAGCUAAGUUGAUGAUACAAGUUCAUUUCUUUAUUUAUUCAAGUGGUAUUUUAUGCCGUAGUUAAGAAUAUUUUACUAAUAUGAUGGCGGCCAGCAUUAUGGUGGGAGGAAACCAGGUAGGGCCUGGGGGACAUCCCCAGGGCUCAUUUCGCUCAAAUACAGAGUCAUGUCAUUAUAUGCCACAUUGCAGAACAAUCAAACAGAUUAGUGCUCAGGGAUCAAGAAAUGAAGUAAUAUUGAGGGGAUUAUUGUGCUGCUUGUAGUGUGAAAUACAGCUUGGUGGUACCAGCAGCAAUAAAUGACAAUACCAGCAGCAAUAAAUGACAAUACCAGCAACUAUAAAUGACAAUCUACUCUGUCUGACCUCUGAAAUACUGCUGGGUGGUACCAGCGACAAUAAAUGACAAUCUACUCAGUUUGACCUCAGAAUUCAUCCAUGACUGUUACUCACUUUGCCUGAUUCUGAGAAGUCUUUUGAUCUUAGAAAGGUGUCUUAUACUAUAUUUGGAAGGUAGGAUGUCAGUUUUAGCACCAAAAGUAAAAUGUUCUCACCAGUAUUUGACUCUAAAAAUGCACUUUCUUGGACAGAUGCUUGAAUGAGUGAGUGCUUAGGGUUUAAUGUCAUACUCAACAAAUUUUACUCGUCACAUGACGACAGAUUUUUGAAGCAAAUACCCAAAAUUUCUGUAAAGACUGACUUGCGAUUCUGGAGUCACAAUUUUUAAUCUGGACACAGAUUGGCUGAUGUAAGAAAACCAUGAAAGAAAAUUCAUACAGAAACUGGGCAGCCAUAAACAUCAAUGUCAAUGAAAAUAUCACCACAGCCAAUCACAAAACCUUAUUCUUGUACAUGUAUUUUAAGUAUACCACCAAUUUGCUCUUGAAGCAGAAGAGCAAAGAUUUCAUUGCUUUCAGCAUAAGUCAGUGAGCAGUUUGUAAAAAACAUGAAUUUUCUCAGUUUUCACACAUUUUCAUGUGUACUUAUGUUGUACUUAUUCAUUGUAGUUUGUAUGCAGAAUUUGUUUGUAUAUAUGUUUGUUUUAUAUAUAUGCAUGUGUUUUAAAACUGCUUAUGGAGAAAUAUUUCUUUGCUUUAAAAGCAACAUCUGGCAACAUAAAGUUUAGAAAUAAAAUUAUGUCAAGCUUAUGACAGCAUUAUUAAGUGAAGUGAUAAGUAAAGGAAAGUUAUAAUAUAAAAAAGUGACUUGCAAAGUUUUGUGAAAGUAGCCACAGAACAGCAACU